GUGAUGAUGGGGCUAUGAAUCGACAGUACACGCUGUUAAUGGCGGAUAGUCAAGAGGAACGAAAGAAAUGGGUCAUAGCAUUGAAUGAGUUGAAAGCUCUCUUGAAGAAGUCGCGGCUAGCGGAUCGAAGCGCAUUCAGCGUCAAGGAAGUUUUUGAUGUUGCAAGCUUGCCUUCCAUUCGAUUAGCGCAAUGCGCUACCGUAAUCGACCGAACAAAAAUGGUCAUAGGCUUUGCAGAUGUCGGAUUGUAUUGUGUGGAGCUGGACAGAGAGACUUUGGUAGCCGUAGGAGGAGAGAAGGAGAAUAAAGGCAGAUUCGUGGAAAAGGUCGAGUAUAGCGCAUCUGAACAGCUCCUGUUGGUCAUGGUUGGACCACCUAAGGACAGACAUGUACGGUUGAUCCCAUCGGCCGCGCUAGAUGGACGCGAUCUAAAAUGGAUCAAGGUUGCCGAAACAAAAGGCUGUCAUUUAAUGGCAAUGGGCGCAGGAUCUAUAGCCGGCACAGCGUCAGUCGGUCCUUCAGGAAACGUGCACUACAUUGCAGUGGCAAUCAAGAAAAGCGUCAUCGUUUACCAAAUCGAUCGCAGUGAGAAAAGGCAUAGGAAAUGGAAGCAAGGCGCAGUGGUUUCCUUACAUUUGGGGGAGCAUAAACAAGGGAAAAUGCUACAGAAAGAUGCGUUGGUGAAUAUGGAGGAUCAAUCGCUGCAGUUCUUGAGCCAGUCCAACUAUGAAGCACAGUUGAUGGUUGAGGUCGCAGGAGAGUCUAUCGAGCCUUCAUCAAGGGAAUAUCUGCUUGUGUUCGAUAAACUUGGACUAUAUGUCGAUGCCCAAGGUAGAAGAAGUCGAUCCCAAGAGCUCAUGUUCCCAUCGUCACCUCGACCUGGUGGCUUUGCUCAUCUCAGUCCACAUCUCUGCGUCUACUCCGAGAAUGAGAUCGAUGUGUUCAACGUGAUGUCAGCUGAGUGGAUUCAGACUAUCAACUUGAGGAAUGCCAUACCUCUCACGGUUGACGGUCUCCUGUCGUUGUGCUUGGUGAAUGAUGCGCCGUUUGUGGUGAUGCUAUGUGAUGUGCUCUCAGACGAGGACUUGCUGUACAUACCACCAUCAUCGUCAAACACCUCAGGCUCUAUCGGAAAGCGCAAUAAAGGAAGGCGAAAGUUCUCUGUCCGAAUACCUGGGAAAGAUGACUCACGACCUGGUGAUCGCAGGAGUAAUCUACCCAUAUCUGGUCCUAGCGACUUUAUGCACAUCGUACAUAUGGGUCCUGGCUCAGUGCACGAACUGCAAAGCAUGAUCGAUUUGCAACCUCAAAGCCAUGGUCAAUCGGCUGGCGAUCGGGUGCGGGGAUUGAUCCCAAUAAUGAGGAGUACAAGUUCUUCGUCGAACAACCCAGUAAAACAAUUGGGAGGAUCAAAACAGGAUAUCGAGCAGUUGCAUCGCGGAAGGCCAUUGAGUACGACGAGUAAAAGCUCCGAAGGUGAGUUAGGGGCAUGACU